AUGGCCAAUGGCAGCGUGUUCACGGACUUCGUCCUCCUGGGGCUCACGGACCGCCCGGAGCUCGAGCCCUGGCUCUUUGCGCUCUUCCUGCUUGCUUACCUCAUCACCGUGUUAGUCAACCUGGGCAUGGCCACGCUGGUCAGACUGGACUCCCGCCUCCACACGCCCAUGUACUUCUUCGUCUCCCACCUGGCCCUGGUGGACGCGUGCUACGCCUGCAAUGCCACCCCGCAGAUGCUGGCCCACUUCUUAUCCCACACGAAGACCAUUUCCUUUGCCGGCUGCUUCACACAGUGUUAUAUUUUCAUUGCUCUUCUCCUCACGGAGCUAUACAUGCUGGCUGUAAUGGCCUAUGACCGCUACGUGGCCAUCUGCGACCCUCUGCGCUACAGUGUGAAAAUGUCGCGGCGCGUCUGCAUCAGCCUAGCGGCUCUGCCCUAUGCCUAUGGCUUCUCAGACGGCCUGUUCCAGGCCAUCCUCACCUUCCGCCUGACCUUCUGCAGGUCCAAUGUUAUCAACCACUUCUACUGCGCGGACCCUCCCCUCAUUAAGCUCGCUUGCUCUGACACUCACAUCAAAGAGCACGCCAUGCUCAUCUCAGCGGGCUUCAACCUGUCCACCUCCCUCAGCAUCAUCCUGGUGUCCUACGCCUGCAUCAUUGCCUCCAUCCUCAGGAUCAGGUCUGCGGAGGGCAGGCUCAAGGCCUUCUCCACCUGUGGCUCCCACAUGGCGGCGGUCACUUUGUUUUACGGGACGCUCUUCUGCAUGUAUGUGAGGCCACCGACAGAUGAGACUGUUGAACAGUCCAAAAUAAUAGCUGUCUUCUACACUUUUGUCAGUCCAAUGGUUAAUCCAUUAAUCUACAGUCUGAGGAACAGAGAUAUAAAUCAGGCCUUGAAGAAUGUCCUCAGAAGAAAUUGCAUUGGGACGGUGUCACUGCCUCCACUUUUCAAUAAAACAUAA